GCCGGAUCUUGGACAGAGAAUAUUUUCGAAUAUAUUAGCCUCUACUUUUAUAUAAUUGUUAGGUUUACAUAACGUUUUCGCAGAAAUAGGGAAUUUGUUUCAAAAAAGAGGUGUAUUGUCAGAGAAUGGCACCAAGUGCCUCAAACAUCAAGGCGGCGUGCCUAGCGCUGCUUUGCUGUUCCGCUCUUGUUGAUUCAAGAGCUGCAAGACGGAAACGCCAAAUUGACUCCAAUCUAGUCGGACAAAACGGAGGUUCAAGUACCAACCUGUGUCAGCCACUGCCUGCCCCUGCUCAUGGAACAAUCGCAUGCGGAGCCGGAUUUCCGUUCUAUUCAUGCACAGCAUCUUGCGAUGCCGGGUACCAGUUUCCAUCCGGGAUGACGUCAGACAAGCGGGAAUGUGAUCAGAUGUUCGGGGAGUGGUUCGAUCCUCCCGGCAAAGACAUCCCCGACUGCGUCCCCGUAUGCAAGCCAGACUGCGCUAACGGCGGAAAGUGUAUCUUACCAAAUACCUGCACGUGCAAGGACGGCUUCAUGGGGAAACAGUGCCAGUACCCUGCAAGCAACUGUGCUGCUCCGCCCGAUCCUCAGAACGGCAAGCUCACGUGCACACAGGAUACUUCCGGUGCCAGAUGUACUGUCGCGUGCAACCAGGGGUUCAAACCUGCAUGGGCCAUCUCUCCCUCGUAUGACUGCUCAGCGGAUGGGACCUGGUCGCCACCGAAGUCAGAGAUUCCAAACUGUGUGUCAGAAGCGACAGUUAUAAACAACACACAUGUUGCGACUAGCACCAAUCAUCCAAGUACCGGAAGUGCUCGCUGCGUGGCUUGGGGCCAGGACCAUUACAGGACAUUCGACAACAAGGUCUACCACUAUAAGGGUACAUGCUCAUACGUUCUAGUCAAGGACGCUGUAGCUAACAGCUUCCACAUCCACGUGCAGAACGACAAGAACUGCCAGCCUGGUCACAGGUGCAAGAGGGAAAUGGAAAUAUACAUGGGAAAUGAGGUCAUAUCUCUCAAACGUGACGUGAACGGACCAAGCAUCAAAUGGAAUGGCGCUGCAAUCACUAUCCCCAGCAACAAAGGUGGUGUGAUCUUCGAGAAAGUGAGUCAUUACAUCAUCAUCCGAAGCAACAUUGGCUUCCAAGUCCGCUGGGAUGGAUAUGAGAUGAUAUUUGUAACAGUAACAGACGAGCUCCGCGGAAAGACACAAGGUCUGUGUGGUAUUUAUGACGGGGAUCAGACUAAUGACUUUACAACAGACACUGGUAGUGUGGUCACUGAACCAGCCAGUUUUGUCAGCACAUGGAAAAGAUCUCUUGCUGGAGAGACCUGCCCAGACCAACCACAAACCGGAUGUAGUUCCGCAGACGCCCAAGUAGUCUCUGCUGCUAACACUGCCUGUAACGCCCUUAUGGGAAGGGAAUUCGCACUUUGUCAUCAUGCUGUUGAUCCGGCCAGAUAUAUUGCCGCAUGUAAGGAGGAUUGUUGUGCCAGUGGCGGUAAGGACUGUACAUGUAGCAGUAUGGAAGCCUAUGCCAGCGAAUGCCUGAAUAUCAACAUCAAGAUUGACUGGAGAUCCAACGACCGCUGCCCUGUUCAGUGCCCAGGUAACCAGAUCCACAAAGAAUGCGGCAGUAUGUGUCAGAGGACUUGUCAGUCCCCAGCUUCAGCAUGCGAGGACCACUCUUGCAUUGACGGCUGUUUCUGUCCCGACGGAAUGGUUCUCCUUAACGACAUGUGUGUCCAGCAAAGCCAGUGCCCUUGUGUAUUGAACGGGAAAGAAUACAAAAGCGGAGAUGUUGUCCCUAAAGAAUGUAAUAAAUGCACAUGUUUAAAAGGAGCUUGGCAGUGUACCAACAAACGCUGUGAAGCUACUUGCUCCGCAAUCGGUGACCCCCAUUACAUGACAUUUGACGGCAAACGUUACGAUUUCAUGGGCCAGUGCUCAUACUACCUGAUCUUUGACCCAUCGUUUGACGUCAUAGCCGACAACAUCAAAUGCGGACACGGCGAGGCAUCCUGCACCAAGAGUAUUACCAUUCACAUUGGAGGACAUCAAAUCAAAAUGGACCAUAACCAUCAACUGUUUAUUGAUGGGAACGAGAUCACGUCUACACCGUACGAGAAUGACGGCAUUAAGAUAUACAUGGUCUCAUCGCUCUUCAUGAAAGCCGAGCUUGCCAAUGGUAUCACCAUCCUUUGGGACGGAAGGACAAGAGCCUAUAUUACCGCUCCACCGUCUUUUAUUAACAAAACCAAAGGUCUCUGUGGAACUUACGAUUUCAACCAGAAGAACGAUUUCAAGACAAUGCAAGGUGAUAUUGAAACAAACAUCAAUGCAUUCGGCAACCGCUGGAAGACUGUACCCACGUGCAAAGAUGUUCCAUUAAACGCUUCCGGUAAUCCAUGUGAUGAAAACGUCAACAGGAAAAACCAGUCUGCCCAGUAUUGUCAUUACUUGAAGAGUGAUAUUUUCCAACCAUGCCGUGACCUCGUUGACCCGGAGGAUUUCUACAAGAGCUGUAUGUACGAUAUGUGCGCAUGCACGGAGAACCUGAAAGAAUGUCUGUGUCCGAUGUUAGGAGAAUAUGCGUCCCAAUGUUCAGCUGCAGGCGUGGAUAUACGCUGGAGAUUGCACAUAGAUGAAUGCCAUAUACCAUGUACCGGUGGUCAAGAGUACCAAGUGUGCCCUAACGAGUGCACGCGCACUUGUUCCAAUAUUGCUAACGAUCCUAACUGUGUGCAGUCAUCCCAGUGUGCAGAAGGCUGUGGAUGUCCAGUGAAUCAAACCCUCGAUGACAGUGGAAACUGUAUCACCAUUGAUAGCUGCCCAUGCAUGUUCUCUGGACAAGAGUUUAAAGCUGGUGUUACCGUUGAACGUGGAGAUCAGAUAUGCACAUGUCUGAACGCUCGAUGGACGUGCGCAGCUAAACCAUCACGUGUCCAUAUUGAUGGUACAACAAAUAUCUGUCCUACCAACCAAGAAUAUUCCACAUGUGUUCCUAACUGCCCCGCCACAUGCAUGAACAUGCACGAUCCCUCAGCCACCACGUGCAAUACCACAGUGUGUAAAGACGGAUGUGUCUGCAAACCAGGAUAUGUCAAAGAAGGUAAUGACUGCCUGCUGAAAGAUGACUGUCCCUGUUACCAUGGCGGCCAAGCUUAUAAGGAAGGGGAAAAAUUCACAAUGGACUGCAACGAAUGCACCUGUAGAAGCCGACAGUGGGUAUGCGAAGACAAAGACUGUCCAGCUGUGUGCAGUGCCUAUGGCGACUCCCACUACACGACGUUUGACGGUAAAGAAUACGAGUUCCAAGGCAGCUGUGACUACGUGUUUGCCAAAUCCACAGAUACCAACCCCAUCAAGUUUGAGAUAACCACAGAGAAUAUCCCGUGCGGAACCACGGGCGUCACGUGCACACGUUCUAUAUCGUUCAGCAUUGGAGAACAAGGUACCGCCAAUUUCUACCGGAUCCAGCUUGUCAAAGGUAAACCAGUCGUUCCAGAGCCUGGUUCCCCGUUUGAAGUACGCGAAGUUGGUAACUUCAUCAUCAUAACAACGCCACAAGGAAUAACUCUUGAAUGGGACAAGGGGACCAGAUUGUACCUUAAACUGAGAACAGAACACAAAGGAAAGGUUGAAGGUCUAUGCGGAAACUUUGACGGUGAUCAGAAGAAUGACUUCACCACCCCACAGGGUGGACCAGCAGCCUCAAGGUCUACAACAUUUGCUGACAGCUGGAAGGUACAUGGCUUCUGCGCCAACUCCAAGGUGAUAACAGACACAUGUGAAGCCAACACGGACCGACGUCCUUGGGCCCAGCAGAGAUGCAGCGUCAUUUCAAGCAAGGUCUUCGAGAAAUGUCACGGUGUUGUACCAUACCAGGAAUAUUAUGACAGAUGUGUAUUUGACGCAUGCGCAUGUGAUACCGGAGGUGACUGUGAAUGUCUCUGUACAGCUGUUGCUGCCUACGCCCACCAAUGUUCCAUGAAUGGUGUACCAAUCGGCUGGAGAAAUGAAGAACUAUGUCCAAUCAUGUGUGAGAACUGCGAGACCUACAACCCCUGUAUCAGCAUCUGUCCAAAGAAGACAUGCGACAACCGUCUCGUGUACGAUACUCUCACCACAAACUGCGGCCAGGAAGUCUGCGUGGAAGGUUGCGACAUCAAGCCAUGUCCACCAGGCCAAGUAUAUGAAAGUAACAAAGAACCACUGAAGUGUAUUCCGGAAGCCUUCUGCAAUACGACUUGCCUUACCAUCAACGGUAAAGAGUACAAAGAAGGGGAAAGAAUUCUGGACGAAACAGUUUGCAGAAUGGACUGCGAAGUCUGCUUCUGUGACAGCAAUGAGAUUAAAAGAACCGGUGUCUGUACCGGCACUACACCACCUUUCUCCACCCUCCCAACCGUCAGUCCAAAGAUGGUAACUGGAAGUCCAACAAUACCCACCUCAACUCUACCUCCAAUGUGUGUGCAAAACGGACCUACAAACUGGAUGAGUGUUGGAACCCCUACCCCCUACAACCAGGGAGAUAUCGAGUCGAUCUCUGCUUUAAGGAACCAAUACACCUUCUGCGACGCUAGCCAGAUGACGGCAAUUGAAUGCCGAGUCGUUGGCACGCAGAUGUCGUCUGCUGCUUCUAAACAACGAGUUUUCUGUGACUUGAAAAAUGGACUGAAAUGUUACCAUAGCGACCAGAAAAAUGGCGAACAGUGCCUCAAUUAUGAAGUGAGAAUCACGUGUGAUUGUGAUUUACCAAUUACGACCACUAUUGCUCCGAACCUGAUACCAGGGGGAUCGCCUACAAUACGACCACCGUCUGCAAAUACUGCCAGCCCGCCUUUUGGUGCACCAACUGUUACCCCGACUCCAUUACCACAAUAUGCGUGCAAGGAGCCGGGCUGGUCCAACUGGAUGAAUUAUGACAAACCAACAAACGGUGAUGACAUAGAAUCCUUACCAAGCUUAAUGAAGGCCUUCUCAUUCUGUCGAGCAGACCAGGUGGCCUAUAUCAUGUGUCGCCAGGUGUCCAAUGGCGCCAGUUUUGAUGUAGCUGAUGACGUCAUGACCAUCUGUAAUACCAAAGCCGGUUUUGCCUGCUAUGGGUCACAACAACCUGACGGGACUUGCGAGGAUUAUGAGAUCAGUGUUUAUUGCCAAUGCUCCCAAUCUCUUUGCGAAAAACCAAUGAUCAGUGAUGUCCGAUCUGUUCCCGACGGAAAAAUUACUGCAUCUUCCUCUACCGACGGUGUUAUUCCCGCCGACGCUCGUCUGUACACAACUGGUGGUUGGCAGGCAAGGACUGGUGAUAAUUCACCAUGGAUACAAGUCGACUUUGAACUUCCUGUCAAUGUUACCGGAAUUAUCACUCAAGGAAUUCAGGGAACACCAAAGUUCACCAAACACUACACGAUCUCGUACAGUAUGGACUGUAAUAGCUUCCAGAACCUCACAGGAAGGGAUAACAGACCUGAGGUUUUUGAAGGCAACAGAGAUUCUGACACAGCCAUUCAGCACACGUUUAUAAAAGAGAAACAAUUUACAGCACAAUGUGUGCGUAUUCAUCCAACAGACUACAGUGUCGCACCUGGGUUGCGUUUCGAGUUACUUGGAUGCAGAUACUUUGUUUCAAUGCUAACCACAACUGAGCUUCCGCCUCCGGGAACAAGAACACAGGCACCGGGCAUUGGUCCUAAUGAAACACCAACUGCUGAACCAGGUCUACAUUCAGGAGAAACUCCAACUGCACAGACAGGCCUCCAACCAGGACAGUCACCAACUGCCCAGCCGGGUCUUGUGUCAGGACAGACCCCGACAGCACAGCCAGGGUUGCACUCCGGCGAAACACCAACUGCGCAACCGGGACUUCUGCCAGGACAGUCACCAACUGCACAACCAGGUCUUGUUUCAGGUGAGACACCAACAGCUCAACCAGGUCUACAGCCAGGACAAUCACCAACAGCUCAGCCAGGUCUUCAGCCAGGAGAGACACCGACUGCACAACCAGGCUUGCAUUCAGGGGAAACACCAACAGCUCAACCAGGUCUUCUACCAGGUCAGUCUCCAACAGCUCAACCAGGUCUGGUUUCGGGACAGACACCAACAGCUCAACCAGGUCUUGUUUCCGGCCAAACACCCACUGCCCAACCCCCAACACGCCCAGGACAAGAUGGCAGCUACAAAACAACAAUUAUUUCUUUUAGCCAGAGCACCGCCAUGCCAUACACUUGCAAGCAAGGUUGGUCUGAUUUCAUGAACAUUGAUAGCCCGACCAUAGCAAAUUCAUGGGAAUCAAAUGGACCUGGUGAUGUUGAAUCAAUCACUGAACUGAGAAAUUACUACAGCUUCUGCGCAAAACCCACGGGAAUCAAAUGUCAGUCAGCAACAACAAUGGCGUCAUACAUAAUGGGAAUGGACGUAGACGUCAUCUGUGAUCUGACUUCCGGUCUAGAAUGUCUCAAUUCCAAGCAAGGAGGAUAUGACUGCGAUGACUACGAAGUCAGCGUUUUCUGUGAAUGUGCACCAACGCCAGCACCAACAAGUAUUCCGGGAGUAACUGGGACACCAGUUCCACCCAAACCUGCCUGUGAAUGGACACCAUACAUGAACAGCUACAAGAGGACUUCAUCAAGCACCGGAGAUUAUGAAACCAUUCAUAAUUUGCGAAUGUUAUAUCAGUUCUGCGAGUUCCCAUCCCAGAUACAGUGCCGUGAUGCAGUUACGAAACAAGAUUUUAUGCAGGUUGGACAAUCUGGAGUAACUUGUGAUGUUAAUCACGGUCUAGUUUGUGAAGACAAGGGACAAAACGGAGGCGUUUGUAAUGAUUAUGAAGUCAGAGUUUAUUGCACUGAUGCUUGUACGUCAACACUAGCUCCUGGUCUUCAACCUGGUGAAACACCAACAGCUCAACCAGGAAUGCAUUCAGGAGAAACACCAACAACCCAAACUGGUCAGCAACCAGGACAGUCACCAACAGCUCAACCUGGUCUUGUUUCAGGACAGACGCCAACUGCUGAACCAGGUUUGAUUUCAGGACAAACGCCAUCUGCUAAACCAGGGCUACAGCCUGGAGAAACUCCAACAGCUCAGCCAGGUCUUCUACCAGGGCAGUCACCAACCGCACAACCUGGUCUGGUUUCAGGCCAAACCCCAACAGCUCAACCAGGUCUUCUACCAGGACAGUCACCAACUGCACAACCAGGUCUUCUACCAGGGCAGUCACCAACCGCACAACCUGGUCUGGUUUCAGGACAAACCCCAACAGCUCAACCAGGUCUUCUACCAGGACAGUCACCAACAGCACAGCCAGGUCUGGUUUCAGGACAAACACCAUCUGCUAAACCAGGUUUACAGCCUGGAGAAACACCAACUGCUCAACCGGGUCUCCUACCAGGGCAAUCACCAACUGCUCAACCAGGUCUUGUUUCAGGAGAGACACCAACUGCAGAGCCAGGUCUUCUACCAGGACAGUCGCCAACUGCACAACCAGGUCUGGUUUCAGGACAAACGCCAUCUGCUAAACCAGGGCUACAGCCUGGAGAAACUCCAACAGCUCAGCCAGGUCUUCUACCAGGGCAGUCACCAACCGCACAACCUGGUCUGGUUUCAGGACAAACCCCAACAGCUCAACCAGGUCUUCUACCAGGACAGUCACCAACUGCACAACCAGGUCUCAUUUCUGGGCAAACACCAAGUGCUGAACCAGGACUGAUUUCAGGACAAACGCCAUCUGCUAAACCAGGUUUACAGCCUGGAGAAACACCAACCGCUCAACCAGGUCUUCUACCAGGGCAGUCACCAACUGCACAACCGGGUCUGGUUUCAGGACAAACACCAUCCGCCAAACCGGGUUUACAGCCCGGUGAAACACCAACUGCUCAGCCAGGCCUCCUACCAGGACAGUCUCCAACAGCUCAACCAGGUUUACAGCCUGGAGAAACACCAACUGCUCAACCGGGUUUCCUACCAGGGCAGUCACCAACUGCUCAGCCAGGUCUUCUACCAGGACAGUCUCCAACAGCACAGCCAGGCCUUGUUUCCGGAGAGACACCAACUGCUCAGCCAGGUCUUCUACCAGGACAGUCGCCAACUGCCCAACCCGGUCUAGUUUCAGGAGAGACACCAACAGCUCAGCCAGGUCUUUUACCAGGUCAGUCUCCAACAGCACAGCCAGGCCUUGUUUCCGGAGAAACACCAACUGCUCAGCCAGGUCUUCUACCAGGUCAGUCGCCAACUGCACAACCAGGUCUUGUUUCAGGAGAGACACCAACUGCUGAACCAGGUCUUCUACCAGGACAAUCGCCAACUGCCCAGCCAGGAUUGGUAUCUGGACAAACACCGACUGCUCAGCCAGGUCUUCUACCAGGACAAUCUCCAACAGCCCAGCCUGGGCUUGUUUCAGGACAAACACCAUCUGCUAAACCAGGUCUUUUACCAGGACAAUCUCCAACAGCCCAGCCUGGGCUUGUUUCAGGACAAACACCAUCUGCUAAACCAGGUUUACAGCCUGGGGAAACACCAACCGCUCAACCAGGUCUUCUACCAGGACAGUCACCGACUGCACAACCAGGUCUUGUUUCAGGACAGACACCGACAGCCAAACCAGGUGUUUCUACAACUGAACUGGUAAUCCCAUGGUUCAUGAUUUGUAAAGAAGGCUGGACAGACUGGAUUAACGAAGGAAACCCGUCAAAACUUGAGGGAGAUUUCGAGUCAUACAAAAGCAUCCCAGGAUUCCCAGGAACAUGCGACGAAGUCGUGACCUCCAUGUGCGCAAUAGCAUCAACAGGUCAGCCGUACACGUUCUCCGGGCAGGAUGUCAGAUGUGACCGCGAUGGUCUGGAAUGUGUAGAUGGACCAAUGCAGAAAUGUCUCGACUACAAAAUCAAAUUCUACUGCUCAUGUACUCCCAGGUACACUACUGCUAAACCCGGUCUUCAGCCAGGACAAACACCAACGGCUCAACCAGGUUUGUACCCAGGAGAAACACCAACAGCUCAACCUGGUCUUCUACCAGGGCAGUCCCCGACAGCUCAGCCAGGUUUACAUCCUGGAGAGACACCAACAGCUCAACCAGGUCUUCUACCAGGACAAUCGCCAACAGCUCAACCAGGUUUACAUCCGGGAGAGACACCAACAGCUCAGCCAGGUCUCUUACCAGGACAGUCUCCAACAGCUCAGCCAGGACUUUUACCUGGACAAUCUCCAACAGCUCAUCCAGGUUUACAGCCCGGUGAAACACCAACAGCUCAACCAGGUCCUCUACCAGGACAGUCUCCAACAGCUCAACCAGGUCUUGUUUCAGGGCAGACACCAUCCGCCAAACCGGGUUUACAGCCUGGAGAAACACCAACAGCCCAACCAGGCCUUCUACCAGGUCAGUCUCCAACUGCUCAACCAGGUCUUGUGUCAGGGCAGACACCAUCCGCCAAACCGGGUUUACAGCCCGGCGAAACACCAACUGCUCAGCCAGGCUUCCUACCAGGACAGUCUCCAACAGCUCAGCCAGGUCUUGUGUCAGGACAGACACCAACCGCUCAGCCAGGCCUCCUUCCAGGACAGUCUCCAACAGCUCAGCCAGGUCUUGUGUCAGGACAAACACCAACAGCUCAGCCAGGACUUUUACCAGGACAAUCUCCAACUGCUCAUCCAGGUUUACAGCCCGGUGAAACACCAACAGCUGAACCAGGCCUCCUACCAGGACAGUCUCCAACUGCUCAACCAGGUCUUGUGUCAGGGCAGACACCAUCUGCUAAACCGGGUUUACAGCCUGGAGAGACACCAACAGCUCAGCCAGGCCUUCUGCCAGGACAGUCACCAACGGCUAUGCCAGGUCUUUUACCAGGACAGUCUCCAACAGCUCAUCCAGGUUUACAGCCCGGUGAAACACCAACAGCUCAACCAGGCCUCUUACCAGGACAGUCUCCAACAGCUCAACCAGGUCUUGUUUCAGGACAGACACCAUCCGCCAAACCGGGUUUACAGCCCGGUGAAACACCAACUGCUCAGCCAGGCCUCCUACCAGGACAGUCUCCAACUGCUCAACCAGGCAUGCAUUCUGGUGAAACACCUACAGCCCAUCCACCAUACGUUAGCGGACAAACUCCAGGUAUCUACGUCACUCCAGGAUACACACAAUAUGAAUGUGCCCACGGAUGGACAAAAGCAAUGAGCGUGAGCACACCGUCUAUCACUGGAGACGAUCUAGAGCCACUGCUGGAGCUUAGAAAGAAGUACGACUUCUGUAACGAAAGUCAUAUUGUGGCUAUCCGGUGCACAGGUCUGAUAUCGGAGAAAUCAGGCGAGGAAAUGGGUGAAAAGGUCACGUGUGACAAGAGUGAUGGAUUCGUCUGUUAUGGAGCUGACCAAAAGGAUGGAAAAUGUGAAGAUUAUGCUGUCCAGGUGUACUGCGAUUGUAGAAUAACUACGCCAAGCCCAGAGAUAACAACAACGAUUGCGCCACUUUUCUUACCAGGAGGAACGCCCACAGUACGCCCACCAAAUUUCUCACAAGUAACGCCUACAGCCAGACCACCGUUGUUCCAAGGAGAAACGCCUACGCCCCGCCCAUACUGCGAUAUACCAAUGGGUGUCGCCAAUCCGCUUGUCGUUUCAGACAGCCAAUUUUCGGCUUCGACAGCCUUCAACUUUAGCUUUGAAGCAUCCAAUGGACGUCUGAGCAAGCAAGCCGAUGGAAACGGAGCAGGUGCAUGGGUGCCAAGAUACUCGGAUAACCAACAAUGGAUUCAAGUUAACUUCGGACACCCGGAACGUAUUGCUGGUGUUCUAACCAUGGGACGUUCAGAUGGCGACCAGUGGGUUGAAUCCUUCGUGCUCGAGACAAGUCUUGACGGCCAGCACUGGUACAAGUACACAGAUCAAAAUGCGGUGAAGUCACCCACUGUAUUCCCGGCUAACUUUGAUCGAAAUACACCUGUUAGAUCCAUGCUGGACAGAGAAAUUGAUGCAAAAUAUGUGAGAAUAAGUCCAAGAUCAUGGCACAACGGAAUUGCUCUAAGAUUUGAGAUUUUGUCUUGCUAUGGCCCAGUUUUACAACAGACUACGGUGGUUCCUCCAUUCCUCAGCGGGGCUUCGCCAACAGCUCAGCCACAACCUGGCUCUGAGCAAACACCAACCGCCAAACCAUCAAAAACAGGAACUGAAGUACCAACUGCUGCACCAGUGUGUUUGGAGCCCAUGGGUAUAGAUAAUUCUCUGAUGGUACAUGACAACCAGCUUAAAGCCAGUUCAGAACUCGACAGGACAUCGGGAGCAGCCGCCGCUAGACUGUACAAUGAGUUUGGAGGCUGGUCACCAAGCACCACAUCAGGAAAGCCAUGGAUCCAAGUAGAUUUCCUUAGACCUAAAUAUGUCUCCGGUGUCCUUACCCAAGGACUUCCAACUACUGAUAAAUGGGUUUCAAAAUACUACCUGUCAACGUCUUUGGACGGGUUCUCAUUUAAGCCAUAUUCUGAAGUAGUCGGAGGCACGCCAAAGAUCUUCAACGGUAACACCGACAAGGACUCCAUUGUGAAGAAUAUUUUCAACAGAAAUAUUGAAGCCAGAUAUGUAAGAUUGACUGUGAUUGAAGGAGGCUCUGCAGGCAUUGGAUUAAGAUUCAACUUGAUUGGCUGCUACAGCGCGGUGCCCACGCCAGCACCAGGCACGCAGAAGACACGAACGCCAACUGCAAUUCCUCCAGUAGAGACAACAACGCUAGGAGUCACACAAAUCUUACCAGUAUGUACCAUUCCUAUGGGUGUCGGUAACAAACUGAUUAUAACUGCUUCUCAAAUAAAGGCAUCGUCUGCUCUUGGACUCGGUCACCUGCUGUCAAAGAGGGAAGCUACAGGCGUCAAACUUCCAUGGACUCCAGCACCAGACGAUAAGGAGCCCUGGAUCCAGGUUGACUUCCUUGAACCCAAAACUAUUUCCGGUGUAAUCACAAGCGGCAGUUCUUAUAAGGCAGAGUGGGUCACAUCCUAUCGAGUUUUCACAAGCAUUGAUGGCACUAAUUUUACACCAUACUCUGACGUCAUCAACGGAACAACACCAAAGUCAUUCAAUGGAAAUACUGACAAUACAACUCAAGUUACUCGACUUUUUAACCGCAACAUAAUAGCCAGAUAUAUCCGAAUAUAUCCGAAAACAUGGCACGCGGCAGCAUCUCUGAUAUUCGAAAUCCUCGGCUGUAAUCCAUCUGAACCAAUCGCCACCACAACUGUUGCUCCUGGUCUGAUUUCUGGACAGACGCCAACAGCAAAACCAGGUCUUCUACCAGGACAGUCACCAACUGCACAACCAGGUCUCAUUUCUGGACAAACACCAACUGCUGUACCAGGUAUUGGUGUAAACGCAACACCAACAGCAAUGCCACACCCAGGAUCUGGCGAACCAUCGCAGUACAAGACUACAGCUAGAUUUGGCCAGAUGAUUUUCCCGCCCAUGCCAAACUUUGAUGCCCCACCAAGAGUUUGUCUCGUGCCUAUGGGUCUGGAAAAUGCUUUGAUUGUUGGUAGCAGUCAGAUCACAGCUUCCUCGUCACAGGGCUCGAACUUCCAACCCGAGAAUGGCCGUAUAUACAGUGGAUCUGCUUGGGCACCAAGUCCUGAUGACAAGAAACCAUGGAUACAAGUCGACUUCAAGAAUCCAAAACUGAUCAGCGGUAUCCGUACACAGGGAGAAAAUGGCGGACAAAGAUGGCUGACAAAAUACUCAGUAAGCAUUAGCAUUGAUGGCAAGACAUUUAUCCCAUACUCGGACAAACUGGGAGAUAGUAAUGCUAAGGAAUUCACCGCCAACAGAGACAAUAACAGUUUAAGACGUCAUUUAUUCAACCGCAACAUCACUGCUCAAUAUGUCCGUUUAUACCCAGUGGCAUGGCACGGAGCUUCCCCAGCAUUCCGGUUUAAUAUUCUCGGAUGUAAUCCAGAUAUACCACAGACACCGGUAGUGACGACGCCAGCACCGGAAACGACACUCGCACCAAAUGCUUCUUACGGUUCACCGACUACACCAGGUACCGGACAAACAAGUACCACUUCAGGAUAUGAAACCCUCGUGACAGUACCUGGACUUCCUUUGAUUCCACCAUCGUUCUGUAAGCUACCUAUGGGCGUUGAAAAUCAUUUGAUUGUCAAGGAUCAACAGCUAAGUGCCUCUUCUUCCAAGGAUGUGUUUACUGGACCGGAAAGAGCUCGUCUCUAUAGCGACAAAGAUGGAAGUUUUGCUGGUGCUUGGGUUGCAAGUGAAAACAACUUGAAACAAUAUAUUCAAGUUGACUUCUUGGCUCCAUACUACGUUGGAGGCGUGGUUACACAAGGCAGGGCGGAACUCCCUCAAUGGGUGACAAAAUACGAGAUAUUCUACAGUACAGAUGGCAAACACUAUUCCUCGGUACCAAGAUCUGUGAACGAUAACACACCGAUGAUUUUCACGGGUAACACUGAUAACAUAACACCGGUUACGCACGAGUUCCCACUGAUAUCAGCAAGAUGGAUCAGAAUCCAUCCACUGGAAUGGCACGACGGCAUUGCUAUGAGGUUCAACAUGCUGGGAUGUAUGUCCCCGUCAAGAACGCCACUUACCACGCAAGCUCCAAAGACAACCCCGUCCCCAGUUCCAGGCGUGUCCACACCAUCUGGUAUGUCCACUCAGAGUACCGCUCCAGGUGUGUCUGCUACAGCCUGCGCGUACUGGACACCAUGGGUGAGCUCCAGUAAACCAGACAUGGUCGGAGAAUAUGAAACCGCUUGGGAACUCCGAAAUAUGAUCAGCAUGUGCGAGAUGAAGUACGUCACUGUCACUGAAUGUAGAACUGUCGGUACACAUAUCCCAUACGACCAGGCAGGUGAAAAGAAUGUCGUCUGCAACAAUGAACUCAAAGGUCUCGUCUGCUUUGCGCAAAAUCAGACUGACGGAAGUUGCAUGGAUUAUGAGAUAAGAGUCUUCUGCGACGAAUGUGCCUCCACAACCGCUAACACACUUGCACAAACAACUCCACAGCCGUCCACAUGUAAACCAAGAUGGUUGCCAUGGAUCAAUAAGAUGACACCUACCACAGAUAUGAAUUACGUAGAACACGAGUUUAUGGCGUUGGCAAAACAGAAGGAGCUAUGUAGUGAUGGACGUAUAACAAGAAUUGAAUGUGAAACGACUGGGGGUAUUCCAUUUUACAGUGCGGGUGCCAUGGGAACAACCUGUGACAUAACCAGUGGAUUUACCUGCAGAAACAAUGAAAACUACCCAGUGCCUUGCGAAGAUUACAAAGUCAGAUAUUUCUGCGAUUGUGAGCGAGAGACACCAACAGCUCAGCCUGGCCUUCUACCAGGACAGUCACCAACUGCUCAGCCAGGUCUACUACCAGGAGAGACACCAACAGCUCAGCCAGGUCUUCUACCAGGACAGUCACCAACUGCUCAGCCAGGUCUCGUAUCAGGAGAAACACCAACUGCCCAGCCAGGUCUUCUACCAGGGCAGUCACCAACAGCUCAGCCAGGUCUUCUUCCAGGACAGUCACCAACUGCUCAACCAGGUCUUGUUUCAGGAGAGACACCAACUGCUCAGCCAGGUCUUCUACCAGGACAGUCACCAACAGCUCAGCCAGGUCUAGUUUCAGGAGAGACACCAACUGCCCAGCCAGGUCUUUUACCAGGGCAGUCACCAACAGCUCAGCCAGGUCUUGUAUCAGGAGAAACACCAACUGCUCAGCCAGGUCUUCUACCAGGACAGUCACCAACAGCUCAGCCAGGUCUCGUGUCAGGAGAAACACCAACAGCUCAGCCAGGACUUUUACCAGGACAAUCACCAACAGCUCAACCAGGUCUGGUUUCAGGAGAGACACCAACAGCUCAGCCAGGUCUUCUACCAGGACAGUCGCCAACUGCUCAACCAGGUCUUCUACCAGGGCAGUCACCAACAGCUCAGCCAGGUCUAGUACCAGGACAGUCACCAACAGCUCAGCCAGGUCUCGUGUCAGGGGAAACACCAACUGCUCAACCAGGUCUUCUUCCAGGACAGUCACCAACAGCUCAACCAGGUCUUCUGCCAGGACAUCCCAACAGCUCAGCCAGGUCUGUGUCAGGUGAAACCCAACUGCCAACCAGGCUUUUCCAGGACAGUCACCAACGCUCACCAGGUCUUCAACCAGGGCAGUCACCAACUGCUCAGCCAGGCCUUGUUUCAGGAGAGACACCAACAGCUCAACCAGGUCUUCUACCAGGGCAGUCCCAACAGCUCAACCAGGGGUCUACAACCAGGUGGGCAAUCACCAACUGCUCAACCGGUCUUCUACCAGGGCAGUCACCAACUGCUCAGCCAGGCCUUGUUUCAGGAGAGACACCAACAGCUCAACCAGGACUUUUACCAGGACAGUCUCCAACAGCUCAACCAGGCCUUGUGUCAGGUGAGACACCAACAGCCCAACAAGGACUUCUACCAGGACAGUCUCCAACAGCUCAGCCAGGUCUAGUGUCAGGAGAGACACCAACUGCUCAACCAGGUCUCCUACCAGGACAGUCACCAACAGCUCAGCCAGGUCUUGUCUCUGGAGAGACUCCAACAGCUCAACCAGGCCUUCUUCCAGGACAAUCACCGACAGCCAAACCGGGUCUCAUUUCUGGACAAACGCCAACAGCCCAACCAGGUCUUCAGCCAACAACAUGUAAGGUUGUUACUAAAUGGUCCACCUGGAUUAAUAGAAAUACUCCAUCUAUUGAUACUGAUGAAACAGAACAUAUGACAGAUACAGAGAAAUCUGCGUUCUGUGGGUCUGGUAAACUUCUUAGUGUUGAAUGUCAAACAAUAAAUAAGAUACCAAGUUACAGUGCUGGUGACAUUGGAACAACAUGUGACCUCGCCAAUGGCAUUGUUUGCAAAGGCAUGGAUAACUACCCUAUUGGAUGCCAGGACUAUAUGAUCAGAUACCAGUGUCAGGAACAAAUAUGUGGAGGUAAAUAUAAUCUCCCGACAACAGUGAUUGCUCCAGGAACUUUGAUUCCUGGCUUACAGUCAACAGAGACACCCACUGCUGUUCCUGGUGCAGGCACAACUGCCACACCAACAGCAGCACCUACCACAGUCUGUACUACAGUAUCUAGGUGGAGCAGCUGGGUGAACAGAGACAAACCCAGUGUAGGCGACGGUGAUAAAGAGGCAUUGACUCCUGAAGAACUCAAGAAAUUCUGUGGUACAGGAAAAAUUGUCACCGCGGAAUGCGCGGCUACGGAUGGCACACCUUACUACAACACCGGUGAUAUAGUGGACUGCAACCCAACAUCUGGUUUACAGUGCGACAACUUCAACAAUUUCCCAUUAGACUGCCAGGACUACAUGAUCAGAUACCAGUGUGAAGAGACUAUAUGUCAUGGUCCAACAAAGGGUCCAAAACUAGGUUCUACACUAACAGCAACAGCCCAACCAGGCCUACUACCAGGACAGACACCAACAGCUCAACCAGGUCUUCUACCUGGUCAGACACCAACAGCCCAACCAGGUCUCCUACCAGGACAGUCACCAACUGCUCAACCAGGUCUUCUACCUGGUCAGUCGCCAACAGCUCAACCAGGUCUUGUUUCAGGACAGACACCAACAGCUCAACCAGGUCUCCUACCAGGACAGUCACCAACUGCUCAACCAGGGCUUUUACCAGGUCAGACACCAACAGCGCAACCAGGUCUACUACCAGGACAGUCCCCAACAGCUCAGCCAGGCCUCCUACCAGGACAGACACCAACAGCUCAACCAGGUCUUGUUUCUGGUCAAACACCUACCGCUGCACCAGGGCUCAUUUGUAAAACCGUUGAAACCAACAAGCGUUGGUCUAUGUGGGUUGACAGACAUACAGUAGAGCCACUGGGUGGAGAUUCGGAAAAAAUGACACCAGAAGAACUGUCAAGAUUCUGCCAACGUGGAACAAUUGAUGGCAUACAAUGUGAAACACUUGAUGGCAAGUCUUACGAUAUAGCUGGAGAUAUCACCACUUGCACUAUAGAAAAUGGGUUGAACUGUGACGAGUUCCAGAACUAUCCGAUCGGCUGUCAAGACUACAGAGUUCGUUAUCAGUGCACUGAAAAAGAAACAAUCUGCCAAUCCCCAACUGCUCAUCCAGGACUGAUUCCCGGAGGUACGCCAACUGCACAACCAGGUCUGCUACCAGGGCAGUCUCCAACAGCUCAGCCAGGUCUAGUAUCAGGACAGACACCAACUGCUCAACCAGGUCUUCUACCAGGACAGUCUCCAACAGCUCAGCCAGGUCUUGUUUCAGGAGAGACACCAACUGCUCAGCCUGGUCUUCUUCCAGGACAGUCUCCAACAGCUCAACCAGGUCUUGUUUCAGGACAGACACCAACUGCUCAACCAGGUCUUCUACCAGGACAGUCUCCAACAGCUCAGCCAGGUCUUGUGUCAGGUGAGACACCAACAGCCCAACCUGGUCUUCUACCAGGGCAGUCACCAACAGCUCAACCAGGUCUUCUACCGGGACAGUCUCCAACCGCUCAACCAGGUCUUGUGUCAGGUGAGACACCAACAGCUCAACCAGGUCUUCUACCAGGACAGUCACCAACAGCUCAACCAGGUCUUCUACCAGGACAGUCUCCAACCGCUCAACCAGGUCUUGUGUCAGGUGAGACACCAACAGCUCAACCAGGUCUUCUACCAGGACAGUCUCCAACAGCUCAGCCAGGUCUUGUUUCUGGACAAACACCCACUGCACAACCUGGUCUAUUGCCAGGACAGUCUCCAACCGCUCAACCAGGACUUGUGUCUGGUCAGACACCAACUGCUCAACCAGGUCUUCUUCCAGGACAGUCUCCAACAACUCAACCAGGUCUUCUACCAGGACAGUCGCCAACUGCACAACCAGGUCUUGUUUCAGGACAGACACCAACCGCUCAGCCAGGAUUGCAUUCAGGAGAAACGCCAACUGCUCAGCCAGGUCUUUUACCAGGACAGUCUCCAACAGCACAACCAGGUCUUGUUUCAGGACAGACACCAACAGCUCAACCAGGCCUUCUACCCGGACAGUCUCCAACAGCUCAACCAGGUCUUGUGUCAGGUGAAACACCAACAGCUCAACCAGGUCUUCUACCGGGACAGUCUCCAACAGCUCAACCAGGUCUUCUACCAGGACAGUCUCCAACCGCUCAACCAGGUCUUGUUUCUGGACAAACACCCACUGCACAACCUGGUCUAUUGCCAGGACAGUCUCCAACGGCUCAACCAGGACUUGUGUCUGGUCAGACGCCAACGGCUCAACCAGGUCUUCUUCCAGGACAGUCCCCAACAGCUCAACCAGGUCUUCUACCAGGACAGUCGCCAACUGCACAACCAGGUCUUUUACCAGGACAGUCUCCUACUGCUCAGCCAGGUCUUGUUUCAGGACAGACACCAACAGCUCAGCCUGGCUUGAUAUCUGGACAAUCUCCCACACUGAAUGUCUGCACGAAGAGUCACUGGAGUUCCUGGGUAAAUCAAGACAACCCAAUGAUUGGCGACGGUGAUUAUGAGAGACUUUCAAAACAAGAUCUUGAUGCUUUCUGUGUCGGUGGAGUUGUGUCAGCCAUCGAAUGUGUGACAGAGUCUGGCAUACCUUCAUAUAGCUCCGGAGAGAUCGUGUCAUGUGACCUAAGUGACGGAUUUGCCUGCAGAAAUGUUGACAAUGCACCCGUACCUUGUUCAGACUACAAAGUCAGAUACUUCUGCAAGUGUCAAGAUGUAGCGACAACACCAACCACCACAAUUGAACCACCUUUCGCCGUUCCACUCGAACCAACACUGCACUUACGUUGCGGCUGGUCGCCAUUCCUGAACGGAGACAGACCAAACUUCGGCACCAAGGAUGUAGGAGACCUCGAAACCAUUGCCGGACUGAAGACCAAAUUUGGUUUGUGCAAGAACAUCGUGGAUAUAAAAUGCAGAGUAACGAACACACACACGGGUGUAUCCGCCGCCGGACAAGUCGGAGUACUCUGUGACGCCGUGAAUGGUCUAAGAUGUUACAACAGAGAUCAGCCAGGCGGUAUGUGUUAUGACUAUGAAGUCAGCGUACUGUGCUGGAGUUCCGAGUGCUCCGCUACAGCUUAUACCGGACCAACCCUGGAGCCAGGCACAGGUCAAAGUGUCACACCAAUGCUGAUCACAGCUGUAUGCCCACCGGGAGAGGUCUGGGAGUCAUGCGCCUACAAGUGCAGCGAAUUGUGUGAAGGAUAUGCACAGGCAACCGGUCUUUGCAACACAGAUAACCCUUGUGUGCCAAUGUGCAGAAACCCAGCAACAAAACCUGUAUGUGGAGCCGGGGAAUUUUUGAAGGACAAGGCCACGUGUGUCAAGAAAGAUAUGUGCCCAUGUCUUAAACCGGAUGGAACUGUAGCUCAGGCUUACGAAACCUGGCCGAAUCCCAAAGACGACUGCUCCAUAUGUCAAUGUGCUAACAACGAGGUUCGAUGUAAUAAGUACGAUAACUGCUCGGCAGUGACUCACCCCCCUACUACAUCAACCAUUGCCCCACCAAUGAUCAACGGAAGCGUGCCAACCAUAAGGCCGCCGCAGAUCACCCAUUCGGAAUGUGGUUGGACAGCAUGGAUAAACAGUGACAGACCGACAGUUGGAAGUGGAGACUUGGAAACUCUCUCUAAAAUCCGUAGACUUCACAAGUUCUGUGACACUCCAGCCAUGAUUGAGUGCAGAGAUGUCCAUACACGUACACCAUAUCAGGACUUGAAACAGAAAGUUACCUGUGACCUAGCUACUGGCUUCAAGUGCUUGAACUGGGACAACAGUGGAGACUGCUCCGACUUUGAGGUCCGCUUCUUCUGCCCAUGUAUAUCAACAACUGUUUCUCCGUCCGCACAGCCAGGCCUUCUACCAGGACAGACACCAACUGCCCAACCAGGUCUUGUAUCAGGACAGACACCAACUGCUCAACCAGGUCUUCUACCAGGACAGUCCCCAACUGCCCAGCCAGGUCUUGUAUCAGGACAGACACCAACUGCUCAACCAGGUCUUCUACCAGGACAGUCUCCAACAGCUCAACCAGGUCUUCUACCAGGACAGUCCCCAACUGCCCAGCCAGGUCUUGUAUCAGGACAGACACCAACUGCUCAACCAGGUCUUCUACCAGGACAGUCUCCAACAGCUCAACCAGGUCUUCUACCAGGACAGUCCCCAACUGCCCAGCCAGGUCUUGUAUCAGGACAGACACCAACAGCUCAACCAGGUCUUCUGCCAGGACAGUCUCCAACAGCUCAACCAGGUCUUCUACCAGGACAGUCCCCAACUGCCCAGCCAGGUCUUGUAUCAGGACAGACACCAACUGCUCAACCAGGUCUUCUACCAGGACAGUCUCCAACAGCUCAACCAGGUCUUCUACCAGGCCAGUCCCCAACUGCCCAGCCAGGUCUUGUAUCAGGACAGACACCAACUGCUCAACCAGGUCUUCUGCCAGGACAGUCUCCAACAGCUCAACCAGGUCUUGUAUCAGGACAGACACCAACAGCUCAACCUGGUCUUCUUCCUGGACAGUCUCCAACAGCUCAGCCAGGUCUUCUACCAGGGCAGUCCCCAACUGCUCAGCCAGGUCUAGUAUCAGGAGAGACACCAACUGCUCAGCCAGGCCUUCUGCCAGGACAGUCUCCAACCGCUCAACCAGGUCUCCUACCAGGACAGUCCCCAACAGCUCAGCCAGGUCUUGUUUCAGGAGAGACACCAACUGCUCAGCCAGGUCUUCUUCCAGGACAGUCUCCAACAGCACAGCCAGGCCUUGUUUCAGGAGAGACACCAACUGCUCAGCCAGGCCUUCUGCCAGGACAGUCUCCAACAGCUCAACCAGGUCUCCUACCUGGACAGUCUCCAACAGCUCAGCCAGGUCUUGUUUCAGGAGAGACACCAACAGCUCAACCAGGUCUUCUACCAGGACAGUCUCCAACAGCUCAACCAGGUCUUGUAUCAGGAGAGACACCAACAGCUCAGCCAGGUCUUCUACCAGGACAGUCGCCAACAGCUCAACCAGGUCUUGUUUCAGGACAGUCACCAACUGCUCAACCAGGUCUUUUACCAGGACAGUCUCCAACAGCUCAACCAGGUCUUUUACCAGGACAGUCACCAACUGCACAGCCAGGUCUUGUUUCUGGACAAACACCUACUGCACAACCUGGAAUGCAUUCAGGAGAAACACCAACAGCUCAACCAGGCCUUCUGCCGGGACAGUCACCGACCGCUCAACCAGGACUUAUUUCAGGACAAACACCAACAGCUCAACCAGGUCUUUUACCUGGACAGUCACCCACUGCUCAGCCAGGUCUUGUUUCAGGACAGGCCCCAACUGCUGGUCCAACACUCUGCGGUUGGACAAGUUGGAUGGAUGGUCAUAAACCAGACGACUUUUCCGGAGAGUCUGAACUGUUUUCAGAUUUAAGAGCAAACCAUCAAUUCUGUCAAGACAUGGAUAUUCAAGGUAUAGAGUGCAGAGUUGUAAAUUCCCACUUGAUGAUCAAUCAAACCAACCAAGUUAACGUAAUGUGUGAUAUAUCAUCUGGUGGUCUGUUGUGCUUUGCUUUUGACCAACCGUCUGGAAAAUGCUUGGACUAUGAAAUAAGGCUGUUCUGUGAACCAAAAGGAGUUGACUGCUCAGCUAUCCCAACUGCUGCACCAGGUUUAGCCUCUGGACAAACUCCAACAGCUCAACCAGGUCUACAUUCUGGAGAAACUCCAACUGCCCAUCCCGGACUUCUACCAGGUCAGUCUCCAACAGCUCAACCCGGACUUCUACCAGGUCAGUCUCCAACAGCCCAACCCGGACUUCUACCAGGUCAAUCCCCAACAGCUCAACCAGGACUCGUAUCUGGUCAGACACCAACAGCACAGCCUGGAUUAAUCCCAGGACAGACCCCUGUUUUGUCUAAAUGUGUUAAUGGCUGGUCGAACUGGAUCAACCGAGAUACUCCACCAAGUGAUGGCAAGGAAGAAGAGUUCAUGAAUUCUACAGAGAAAGCCGCAUUCUGUGUUGGUGGUAAAUUAACAGCGAUCGAAUGCAUCACAACAACAGGAAUUGAAAGUUACAGCACAGGGGAGAUCCUUGAAUGCAACAUCGAGAGAGGACUGAUAUGCGAGGAUGCUAUGAAUUUCCCUAUACCGUGCAGUGACUACAAGGUCAGAUACAACUGCCAGUGCCCAGUUACAACAGCUAAACCAGGACUUGAUAACGGAGAAACACCAACAGCUCAUCCCGGUUUACAUUCAGGAGAAACUCCAACAGCCCAACCCGGACUUCUACCAGGUCAGUCUCCAACAGCCCAACCCGGUCUUCAACCAGGCCAAUCUCCAACAGCUCAACCAGGACUCGUAUCCGGUCAGACACCAACAGCACAGCCAGGAUUAAUCCCAGGACAGACCCCCGUUUUGUCUAAAUGUGUUGAUGGCUGGUCGAACUGGAUAAACCGUGAUACUCCACCAAGUGAUGGCAAGGAAGAAGAGUUCAUGAAUUCUACAGAGAAAGCCGCAUUCUGUGUUGGUGGUAAAUUAUCAGCGAUCGAAUGUAUCACAACAACUGGAAUAGAAAGUUACAGCACAGGGGAGAUCCUGGAAUGCAACAUCGAGAGGGGACUGAUAUGCGAGGAUGCUAUGAAUGCACCCAUACCAUGCAGUGACUACAAGGUCAGAUACAAGUGCCAGUGCCCAGUCACAACGGCAAAACCAGGACUUGAUAACGGAGAAACACCAACUGCUCAUCCAGGUUUGUACCCAGGAGAAACUCCAACAGGUCAAACCGGACUUCUACCAGGCCAAUCCCCAACAGCUCAACCAGGACUCGUAUCUGGUCAAACACCAACAGCACAGCCUGGUUUACAUUCAGGAGAAACACCAACUGCACAGCCGGGAUUAAUCCCAGGACAGACCCCCGCAUUGUCUAAAUGUGUUGAUGGCUGGUCGAACUGGAUAAACCGUGAUACUCCACCAAGUGAUGGCAAGGAAGAAGAGUUCAUGAAUUCUACAGAGAAAGCUGCAUUCUGUAUUGGUGGUAAAUUAUCAUCGAUCGAAUGUAUCACAACAACAGGAAUCGAAAGUUACAGCACAGGAGAGAUCCUUGAAUGCAACAUCGAGAGAGGACUGAUAUGCGAGGAUGCUAUGAAUGCACCUAUACCAUGCAGUGACUACAAGGUCAGAUACAUGUGCCAGUGCCCAUCGACAACAGCUCUGCCAUCAACGACUACAACUGUUAUGCCAACUCCAAACGUCAAUAUCCCAGUUGUGUGCCAGGAGGAGAUGGGAAUGGAGAUGGGCUAUAUCAGAGACGAAAUGAUCACAGCGUCAUCGUCACGUGACGGAAACAUCAAUCCCAAGAACGCCAGGUUGAAUAGCUUUGGAGGUUGGGUCGCCAACACCAACGAUAAGAACCAGUAUCUACAGGUGAACUUCCUAACACCAUCUCUGAUAACUGGUGUCGUCACACAAGGCAGACACGGUGUACCAUCGUACGUGAAAACGUUUAAAGUACUGUACUCUACUGAUGGAUUCCACUGGACACCAUACCAGGAUAAUGGAGUAGACAAGAUCUUCACUGCCAACAAAGACUCGGAUUCAAGAGCCACAAACUGGUUCGAACACCCAAUCAGAGCCCAGUACAUUCGUAUAUCUCCACAGACAUGGCAGGGAGUCAUUGCUAUGCGCCUUGAAAUACUCGGCUGCUACCAAGGAUAUCCAACUGAAGCGCCACCUACGCCAGCACCACAACCGACAUUGACUACACCACGGGCACCUGUCAUUGCCGACAGUUGUAUUGUCUGGGAUAACUGGGUCAACGAAGGUCACAUCACCCUGACCUCUGGCGGAGACAGCGAACCAAUCGCUGACGUUCAAGCUGCAUCUCACGUGUGCACCAGUCCAGUGAAAAUUGACUGUGUCCGUGCCAGCGACGAAUUGGCAUAUUCCCAGACUGGACAGACUGUAAAAUGUAACCUUUGGGAUGGUUUCGUCUGCUACAAUGCCGACAACUCACCAUUGUGCUACGAUUACAAAGUACGACUCGGAUGCCUGAAAAACACUCCUGAAUGCAUGAUGACUACCCAAAAACCACCAGCAAUAUUCACGGGAGCCCAACACGGAUCGACCAAACCUGUGACUGCGACAGUAUCAACCAAGGUGUUGCCUUGCUUUGAAGGCAUGGACACAUCAGCUUGUCCUAAAGAUGGCUGCCAAGAUGGCUAUUACUGCAAUGGUUAUCAGUGCGUCAGGAAGAGCGAGUGUUCGUGCUUAGUUGAUGGCAACAUCGUCAAGCCUGGUAGCUUCAAACAGAACAGCAACUGCGACACAUGUCAGUGUAUUGCUGGAGAAGUCAUGUGUACACCAAAGAGCUGCCCAGCGUGCAAUGCUGGUUAUUCCAUGACAAUCAACAAGACAACAUGUCAGUGUGGCUGCGAAACAUGUGAGACAGGACAGUUCCGCUGUGGCGACGGAAAGUGUAUCGCUAACAAACUAAGAUGUGAUGGAAUCAUUGACUGUAUUGAUGACGAAAUCGGAUGUGUAUCUACACCCAUGUUUACACCACCCAUCGGUUACACCGGAUCUCCGACUCCAAAACCGAUUACAGGACCUAAUGGCCAACCAUUGACGAAACCACAUCUUCACGACAAAUACUCUACCCAAGCCCCAGUUAUGUGCAAGGAUCGCUGGUCUGCCUGGGUCAACAAGGACAAUCCAAACUCUGGUGAUGGUGAUAGAGAAAUAAUGACGAAGAAAGAAUUGGAGGCUUUCUGUGUAAAUGGCAAAAUUACCAGCAUUGAAUGUAUUACAUCAUCUGGAAUCCCGUCCUACAGUACCGGAGAGAUCAUGCAGUGUACCAUUGAAGGAGGAUCUGUCUGUCUGAAUGGCGACAACUUCCCAGUACCUUGCAGUGAUUACAAGAUCAGAUACUUCUGUACCUGCAAUGAAUUACCAACUCUUGGACCACACGUUGUCCCGACUGAAACGCCGACCGUUAAACCACCAUUUGGAGGCAGCACAAUAGCAGUAUCCCCAGCACUGUCCUCACAAUCAUCAGCAGUAUCGACCAAUGCUCCAGUACUGUGUCAGAGCCGCUGGUCCUCCUGGAUCAACACAGACACUCCAUCCACUGGUGAUGGUGAUAGAGAGAUCUGGACAACAGCAGAACAACAUGCAUUCUGUUCUAACGGACAUAUCACUGGUAUUGAGUGUGUAACAGACAGCGGUAUCCCGUCCUACAGCACUGGAGAGAUCAUGCAGUGUACCAUUGAAGGAGGAUCUGUCUGUUUGAAUGACGACAACUUCCCAGUACCCUGCAGUGACUACAAAAUCAGAUACUUCUGUACCUGUGAUGCACAACCAACAAACAAACCUAGCCCAGUAUCUACAGAGACUCCAACAUUGAAACCACCACACGGAGGCAGUACAGUAUCAGUACCGCCAGCAUUGUCCUCUAAAUCAUCAGCAGUAUCAACCAACGCACCAGUACUGUGCCAGAGCCGCUGGUCUUCAUGGAUCAACACAGACACUCCAUCCACUGGCGAUGGUGAUAGAGAGAUCUGGACAACAGCAGAACAACAUGCAUUCUGUUCUAACGGACAUGUCACUGGAAUCGAGUGUGUAACAGACAGCGGUAUCCCGUCCUACAGCACCGGAGAGAUCAUGCAGUGUUCUAUUGAAGGAGGAUCUGUCUGUUUGAAUGACGACAACUUCCCAAUACCUUGCAGUGAUUACAAGAUCAGAUAUUUCUGUACCUGCGAUGCAAAUCCAACACUUGGACCUAGCUUCCAGCCCACAGAAACACCAACGCUGAGACCACCAUAUGGCGACUCCGGAAGUACAUCACUGGUGCCAGCACAGUUAUCUACACAAGCACCUGUUCUCUGUCAGAGCCGCUGGUCCUCAUGGAUUAACAAGGACAGUCCUACAACUGGUGACGGUGAUAGAGAGAUCUGGACAAAGGCAGAACAAAAUGCAUUCUGUGCUCAUGGUCACAUGACCGGUAUCGAGUGUGUAACAGACAGCGGUAUCCCGUCCUACAGUACCGGAGAGAUCAUGGAGUGUACCAUUGAAAGAGGAUCUGUCUGUUUAACCAAUGAUAACUUCCCGAUACCUUGCAGUGAUUACAAGAUCAGAUAUUACUGUACCUGUGAUGAAUUACCAACACAGACACCAGGUCUACUGACGGGACAACAUCCAUCUUCAGUUCCGCCAACGGUAUCAACAACUAUGAAAGCACCACCAACAUUGUCAGGCAAGGGUCACACUCUCACCACACAAGGUCACAAUCAGGUACCACAAUUCUGUAUCCAAUCUCACUGGUCUAAAUGGAUCAACCGUGACAAACCGGAAGUUGGUACGGGCGAUAUUGAGGCUAUGACGUCACAGGAAAUGAGCGUGUUCUGCGCAGCUGGUCGUGUUUCUAAGAUUGAAUGUAUCACUGACUCUGGCAUACCUUCAUAUAGCACUGGUGAAAUAAUCUCAUGCACGAUAAACAACGGACUUGAGUGCUUGAACGACAACAACUUCCCUGUACCAUGCAGUGACUACAAAGUUCGAUACUUCUGCGACUGCGGAUCUCCACCACCAGUUGGAACAACAGUAUCACCAGUGCCAAUGGCAAAUCACAAUACAGGAGUCCCAGUUACUGAAGCCCCAUGUAUACCAGCUAACUGUCCAGUAGCUAUGAAGCAGACAGUGAAAGAAGGAGAAGUAUUACGUGUUGUGUACGAUGAACGUGCAUGCUGUGCCAAGUAUGAGGUGUUCUGUAAACCCGAGAUGUGUACACCACCCACACUCCUCUGUCCUCCACCUAUGAUUAUGCAACCGGCCAAUCUCCACGACUGUUGCCCAACAUACAGAUGCAUGUGUCCACCAUCUUGUCCACCGAUGAGGAAGCCUCAGUGCGAAGCUGGAAUGAUGGCGGUCGAAGUCAAGUCAGUCUGUAACUGUACCCAGUAUGCUUGCUUGAACAAGCCUUUGCCUACACCGACACCGGCCCCACGUACAUGUAAAUACACCGCCUCCAUGGUAACAGUGAACGGCACCAACCAACCAGUCAUUACUCCAACAGAACGGGCAUACCAGAUCGGUGACACGUGGUCUGAUGGUAUAUGUAGACAGUGUCUGUGUGAGGAGAGAUCAGGAGCAGCCGAAAUAUCCUGCCACGAGGAAACAUGCCCUGCUUGUCCAGCUGGUUACAAGAAAGUUGAAAAAGCUGGCAAAUGUUGUGGAGAAUGCCAUCAAAUUGGUUGUCUAGUCAACGGAACUUUGUAUAGUGACGGUGAAGCUAUGCCAACAAAGAAGAAGUGUUACACCAAACAGUGUAACUACGACUUUACCCUGGAUCUAUAUAUAGCAACAGAAACUCAGAUACAGUGUACGGCAUACGACAAACUGCCUGCCUGCGCACAGAACGAAUCAUCGUAUGACACUACAGGCUGCUGCAUGAAAUGUAUUCCAUCAAUACAACCAUUCAACAACGCAUCCAGUAGCACGUGUCAGACAUGCGCACCACGCCUUGUAUUCGGGCAACCAGACAAAAGCAUCGGAUACUUCCGUAUCAUGGACAAUAUGGAAUUAUGUAAGAAUCUCGCACCUAUACCAGACCUCAAAGAAUGUUCCGGCUAUUGUGGCUCUAGAUCGUCUUAUAGUCACGUGAUGCGCGGAUUCUCCAAUAACUGCAAUUGUUGCCAAUCCACAAAGACUGAGUCAAGAACGAUCACUCUUUCAUGUACCAGCGGAAGGACAAUUAAGAAAACAUAUUCCGCGCCAACGGCAUGUGGAUGCAAUGUGUGUUCUGGCGGGAAAUAAAGUUAUGUAAACCAAAUAUAGACGGAUAUUUAACAAAGUGCUUCCAUAACGGACAAUGUUGUUGUUGUUGUUAAUAUUUUAUGUUUAUUUAUUUUUUGUUCCCUUUCCUUAUCAUUGUAAAAUACAUGUAAAUGAUAUAGUAUAUUGUACCGGAACUAUUGUGGAUAGUGAAGUGGAACAUUUGAUUUACGCUGUGUUAGCAGAGGUUAUAUUUGAACUGUAUUAAAUUAACAUUUUAACAAGUUAGAUCAUGUUUAUUUUACUAAUUUAUGUACAACAUUUUACCAACUUUGAGUAUGUACAACAUUUACCCAGUUUGAGUAUGUACAACAUUUUACCCAGUUUCAGUAUGUACAACAUUUUAUCCAGUUCGAGUAUGUAUAAAAUUUUACCCACUUUGAGUAUGUACGACAUUUUACUUUGAUGAGGAAAUAAAGCAAUUUAAAAUGAAA